GAGAGAGAGAGAGAGAAGAUGAGAAACCGGCGGCGUGUUCUCUAAUCGCUGCUGUCUCCCUAUUCUCCUUCUCCUCCUCUUCUAUUCUUUAGCGCUCGCAGAGGUGGGGGGAGUUCGGUUUUCUCCUCUCGUCUCUCUCGUUGUUUUGUUUGUUUAAUCUCUCCCUGCUUGCUCUGUUUUUUUUUUUGUUUUCUUCUGCUGGCUUGUGUCCACCUCGCCCUUCCCUCGGAAACUCCAUUCUUUUCUGCAUAAAAGGGCGUUUGGGGUCUAGUGUAUGUUGCCCUGCCCCUUUGUAACGCCUCGGGUCAAGAAAGGAGAGCCUUUUGGGUUUUUGCUGGCAAGCAAAACAUUUGGAUACUAAGCAUGGCUAGCGACCAGAUUAUUGAGCUGAUGGCACCAUCUGGGCUCUUAACUGGCAUAGAGUUUGACAUAUUGACUGAUGAUGAUAUAGAAAAAAUAUGUCAUGUCAACAUUGUAGAGAGCAAUGAUGUGACUAAUGCUAAAUUGGGCUUGCCAAAUGCAUCUUCUCGUUGUCAAACAUGUGGUUCCAAAAACACAAGAGAUUGUGAGGGUCAUGUUGGAUUGAUUAAACUACCAAGAACAAUUUAUCAUCCAUAUUUUGUAACAGAAGUCAUUCAAAUUCUGAACCAGAUCUGUCCUGGUUGCAUGUCCAUUAAGGGAGACCUACAAAUGAAGGAUUCAUUUGAUUUAGAAACUUGGGAGAAAUCCAUUGGAGAAGAUCACAUUUCAGAGGCUUUUGGCAAAACCAUCGCUGCUCUCAGGAGAAAGUUUUUGAAGUUAUGCAAGUCCAAAGUGUUAUUUUCUCCUCAAAGUGUUCUAGAUCAUGCCAGAAAAUUCUACUUGAAGAAAAGUUUGGAGGUUGGAAAGAAAUGGGCGAAAACGGAUGCUCAAGCAACUUGUAAAUAUUGUGCUAGGAAUGCAACUGAUUGGUACCCUGCUGUGAAGUUUAAGUUACUUUCCAAGGACAUGUUAGGGAAGAAAAGCCUUUCAGUAAUAGCAGAAGUUAAUGACAAGCUACCAAAGAAAUUUCAAAAUAAAAGUCUGGGCGAUGUACUGCCUCAAGACUUUUGGAGCUUUGUCCCUACAUUUUCGCAGCAGCAAGAAUCAAAUGCUAACAGGAUCACUGUGUCACCAUAUCAGGCAUUUUGCUUAUUGAAAGAACUUGAUCCAGAAUUCAUUAAACAGUUUGCAUUAAGGCGUGAUGUGCUAUUUCUUUCUUAUCUUCCAGUAUCUCCAAAUUGCCAUCGUGUGGUGGAAACAUCACAUGUGCAUGCUGAUGGUCCGCAAUUAUCUUUUGAUCAAAGCACAAAAGCUUAUAAAAGGCUAGUUGACAUAAGCAGGAAGAUUGACGAGUUUAGGCAGCAUCAGCAGUUUGUUCCUCUUGCAACAUCAUUUAUUACAAGUCGAGUGCUGGACUGCCUAAAUGUGUCUAAGCUACGUGCUCGUAAUUCUUCAAAUGGAGAUUCUUCUUGUUUAUCUGGAUUGAAAUGGCUGAAAGAAGUUGUUCUUAGCAAGAGGUCAGACAACGUAUUCCGCAUGACCAUGGUUGGCGAUCCAAAAAUAAAAUUGGGUCAAAUAGGCAUUCCGUUUGACAUAUCUCAAAAUAUGUAUAUCAGUGAGCAUGUUAAUACCUACAAUUUGGAAAAGCUAAACAUGAGUUGCAAUCUGCAUCUGCUUACAAAGGAAGAACUCCAUUCUAGGAGCAAGGGCCAACUAACUUCUGUAAGAAAAUCAAAUCAGCUUCAAGUUGGUGAUACAAUUUAUAGACCCUUGGAAAAUGAUGAUCUCAUUUUGGUAAACAGGCCUCCAUCUGUGCAUCAACAUUCCUUAAUUGCAUUGUCAGUAAAGAUCCUACCAAUUCAAUCUGUUGUUUCAAUAAACCCUUUAUGCUGUGCUCCUUUAUUGGGAGAUUUUGAUGGAGACUGCCUCCAUGGAUAUGUACCACAGUCUGUCCAUUGUAGAGUGGAGCUUGGGGAGCUAGUUAGUUUAGACCACCAGUUGUUAAAUGCACAAGAUGGUCGAAGCCUGGUUUCCUUAAGCCAUGAUAGCUUAACUGCUGCACAUUUGCUAACAAACAGCAUAGUCUUUUUGAACAAGUUUGAGAUGCAGCAGUUCGAAAUGCUUUGUCCUUCACAGUCACCAUCUCCUUCGAUUAUUAAAGCUCCAACCACUCGGUCUCCUCUCUGGACUGGCCAGCAAUUAUUCAGCAUGCUUCUUCCACCUACCAUGGAUUUCAGCAUGGGUUCAAAUAAGAUUCCAAUCAGCAAGGGUGAAGUUCUUUCAACUUCUGGAGCAUCCUUUUGGCUACAGAAUACUACUUCUAGUAUAUUUUCUAGCAUGUUCAAAUGUUAUGGCAGAAAAGCUCUUGACUUUCUUUUUUCUGCUCAGGAAGUUCUAUGUGAAUAUCUAACAACAAGAGGAUUAAGUGUUUCUUUAGGUGAUGUUUACUUGUCUUCAGACUUAUAUUCCCGAAGGAAGAUGACUGAUGAAGUAUGCUAUGGGUUGGAAGAGGCAGAAGAUGCCUGCCAUAUUAAACAGCUAAUGUUGGACCCCGAGAUGGAGUUUCUUUUGAAGAGUCAUGAUGGAACUUGCAGGAAUCCGUACAAUUAUGCAAGAAACCAAAAACACAUAAGCCAGUUUUCUAUUGCUGCAUUUAGGGAUGUCUUUUACGAUCUUCAAAAUGUAAUACAUCAAUAUAUAAGCAGGGAUAAUUCAAUGUUGGCUAUGAUUCAUGCAGGAAGCAAGGGCAGCUUGUCAAAAUUAGUCCAGCAAGGGGCAUGCCUAGGUCUACAACUUCCAGCAAGUCCAUUGCCUUUUAGAAUUCCUCGGAGGCUUUCUUGUGUUUCAUUGAAUGCUCAGAAGAAAUUGGAGUAUGGGAUACCUCAGGAUGUGGUUGAAUGUGUCCGGGGGCAGAAUUCUUAUGCUGUGGUUAAAGCUUCUUUUCUGGAUGGUCUGAACCCAUUAGAAUGUUUUGUGCAUGCAAUAACAGGUCGAUCCAAUAUGUUUAGUGAGAAUGCAGAACUUCCGGGGAUGUUGACUAGGAAGCUAAUGUUUUACAUGAGAGAUUUGUAUGCUGCUUAUGAUGGAACAGUUAGAAGUACUUAUGGACAACAACUUGUGCAAUUUUCUUAUAAUAUACCUGGGGAAUCAUCCAGUGAACAAGGCGAUUCUUGUACAAUGAAUGGUGAAAAAGAUGCUGAAAAUAAUAGGCUAGGUGGUCAACCAGUUGGUUCAUGGGCUUCUUGUGCCAUUUCAGAAGCAGCAUAUGGAGCUCUAGAUCACCCGAUGAAUAGUCUGGAAGCUUCUCCUUUAUUGAACUUAAAGAAGGUGUUAGAAUGUGGUAAGAGUAGAGCAUCUGUGGAUAAAUCUGCAUCUAUCUUCCUGUCGAAGGGACUUAAAAAACAACGAUAUGGUUUUGAGUAUGGAGCAUUGGAAGUUAAGAAUCAUCUUGACAGAGUUCUCUUUUCUGAUUUGGUUACCACCGUCUUGAUUUUUUAUGCUGGGCUUGAUGUUCAAGGGACAAAGUUCAGCCCAUGGAUUACACAUUUUCACGUGAGCAAGGAAAGGAUGAUGAGGAAAAGAUUAAGAGUACAGACCAUUAUAGAUCAGCUUUCCGCAAACUAUAAUUUUGUGAGAGAAACUGUUGGAACAGAGCUUCCAGGACUGCGUAUUACAAGCAAGGAUUGUUCGUUAAUCGAUAUCCAGAAUGAACAUGAUGAGACAUUUUGUAUUAUGGUUUUGGUUGAUACUCCCGAGUCGGAAAUACAAUUGGACACCAUAAGAGAUGUGCUUGUACCACUUCUUCUUGAGACACUCGUAAAAGGAUUUUGGGAAUUCAAGAAAGUGGAAAUACUGUGUGAUAUUCAGCCCGAUUCGCUUGAUGAACUUUUUCUGAGAGUUUCCAUGUCUGAGAAAUGUUUGCCUGGAAAGUUCUGGAGCGCCCUUCAAAAUGCUUGUAUUCCAAUAAUGGAUUUGAUUGAUUGGGAACACAGUCAUCCAAACAGCAUGUAUGAUAUUUUUAGCAUUUACGGGAUCGAUGCUGCAUGGAAAUACUUUCUGAGACAUUUGAAGUCGGCAACAUCUGAUACAGGGAGGUGUAUACAUGAAGAACAUUUGCUUAUGGCUGCAGAUUGCCUUUCAGUGACUGGUGAAUUUCAUGGAUUAAGCAUCAAAGGACUUAAAAAGCAAAGAGAUCAAGCAUCCAUCUCAUCUCCAUUUACUCUAGCUUGUUUAUCUAAUCCAGGCUAUGGAUUUAUCAAUGCUGCUAAGCAGGGUUCUGUGGAUCACCUUGGCGGUACAUUAGAUGCAAUGGCUUGGGGCAAAGAAGCUCCAGUUGGGACUGGAGGACCUUUUGAAAUUAUAUAUUCGGGAAAGGUGCAUAAUCCCCAAAAGACUGAGAAUAUAUAUAAAACAUUGCUUAACUUUAAAGUUGAGAAGCCUUGGCAAGAUGACAACAAAUUAUGCAGACAUGGUGAUCGAAAUGUCUCCACCAAAUGGAAACAUAAAAGAAUUCUAUCCAAUACUGGUGCUUCUACUGGAGAAUCAAUAGACCAAUUGAUUUCUGAAGAAGCUCACACUAGGCAAGGAUGUCCAUGUGAGUAUCCUGUCAACAAAUGGGAAAGGCAAUCCAAAGGCCAUGUAGUGUCUUCCAGUGUUAGUUCUAAUUCUGAUGCAAAAAUGGGAUUCAGUACAAAAUCUGCUUUAAGAAGUGCUGGUUCAUGGGCUAAUAUCGUGGAUAUGUGUUCUAACUUGCGAACAAUUUUACAUGAGUACCCCAUAAAUGGAUACUUAAAUGAGACAGAUAAAUCAUGUCUUAUGGAGGCUUUAUCCUAUCAUCCCAAAAGAGAUGCAAAGAUGGGAACUGGAAUUCAGGGAAUUAAGAUUGGACAUAGCCCAUUGCAUCCAGGGUCACGGUGUUUUGUUUUGGUAAGGAACGAUGGAACGACAGAAGAUUUCUCAUACAGAAAAUGCAUCAUUGGUGCAGCCUACAGCAUCUCACCAGAAUUCGGAUCAAUGGUUGAAAAGAAGAUGUCCUGGAGGCGAUGAUUCAUGAGAAAUUUGUACAGAUAUUGACGGUCAUAUGGACCAAAUUUUAGGCCAUCUAUGCACUCGGGAUGCGAGCCAGAACAAUAACCGGAAGUCUUUUUUGUCCCCCCCUUGCUAAACUUGCAAGUUUUUUCUGCUGCUCAACUCAUUCAAUUAAAACUAUGGAGAAUGAUAAUGCUUUCAGUAGCUUCGUUAGCUCCCUAGCAUUCAUCCGUCAUUGUGUCUAUCCAUUUUCUUUUCAUUGUGCAAGUGUAAGAAAACAAGUUGUAUAUGCACCAAUUUUGGUAUAUAACAAAGAGAUACUGGUGCUUGGGUAAUAAUUUUGCAUAUCCAUCAUGUAAAUGUGGAAUUCCUCCAAAGCAAUUCUUUUGUGGGAAAUAAAGUAAAUUUGAUCGAUUUUGUGUCUCGUA